UGGCGGGGGCGAAUGACGAUGAAGAGUUCCUGCAGAGCCGGCCUCCACAGGGAACUGCUGAAUUCCACGUCCUCCGCCUUCCAGCAGGUGAAACGAAUAUCUGGCAUGCACUUAAAGCCGUAUCUCAAGCUGCAGAAGAAAGACCGGCCCCUCGAAAUCAGCCCCGGUCCCCCACGAAGCCUGCCCAUGAGCCAACAGAGGCUGGCAAACGAGAAAAACUGCAGCAGCGGCCCCACGCCCACCCUCUUAGCCAGCCCCCCUCUCCGCAAGCCGGUGGGGAACCUUUCUGCCAACUCUCUCUGCGGCAAAAGCGGCGGCCGAGUUCACGCUGAAGGACUGAGCGGGCAGGAGAAGAGGAGUGCCCUGCCUGCCACCAUCCACCAGGGGGAGGAUGGAGAGGCAUUGCUGGACAUCUGGGCGGUCGUGAAACCGGGGAACACCAAGGAGAAGAUCGCCUUCUUCGCAGCCCAGCAGUGCGGCGACAGCCGGAUAUCCUCCAUGAAGAACAAGAGCACCUGGGACAUUGACGGGAGGGCAACCAAGCGCAGGAAAAAAUCUCUGGACCUCCGGAAGGCCAAGAUCCACCCGGAAAGGUCGCGAGAAGCCAGCAGGAGGUGCUAUCAGCCUGAGCCAUUUGCCUGCGGCAUCGAGCACUGCUCCGUCCAUAAUGUGAACGACGGCGGGGAGGGGGGGUUCCCAGGGAGGCCUCUAUCUGUAAUCGAGAUGGUCACUUUGCUGGAACAACGAGCGAGUGUUUUACUCGCCGACUGCACCAAGAACUGCCCCAGCACCCCUGCCGUGACCCGGUUUCCUGGGCAGCCCAAAGUCACGCUUCCUGCGCCCGGCCCCUUUCCCAACUUAGGGGGCUUCGAGGUUCACUCCGAAAAGGCAACUUGCGGGGGCAGCGGCGACGGAGAGCCACAGGCUGAGCCCGUGCGCGUGUUGGACAUGGUGGCGAAGCUCGAGUCGGAGUGCCUGAGGCGGCAAAAUGAACGAGAAGCAGGAAGCCUCUCGAGAAACAACAGCUUCCGGCGGAACGUCGGUCGGGUGCUACUGGCGAGCGGAACGCCGGCUGAGAACGAAACGGGCAAGGAGCCUUCCGGAGUUGUUAAUCAAGAAGAACGAGGCAGGGAUGAUAACGGGUGGAGGUCAAAGCAUGGCUCUCCAGCGGAAGACGGUUUCUGGGAAGUUCCACCAGCUGGCCCGCCAUCAUCAUUUGUGAAGAACUCCGGUUCUAAGCACGACCUGGGAGAUUCGGCACCAUCUAGGAUCAUGCUGCCACUCUCCUCGACAUAUCCAGAAGCUGCUCAGACAUGCCCGCAUUCCUCACAUGGGGAAAACGCAGCCAUUGGUUGUACACCUAAAGAACCAGGAGCCGCUCCUAAUCCAAAUUUCAAUGUAAGGACAAAAGAGUCCUUAACUAUUAGCAUCUCAGUUACGAAGACACAUAAAGCAUGUAGAAAAGCGCACCCUUCUGACUCUAGCUUCGGGGACGAUUCGCUUCCGGGGAGGUUAUUCCUACUGUUGUCUGAACGCGGAAUUCGCCGCAAGCAUCUCCGUACGGGGGAUGCUACUGCAGAAGAGCAUCAAGCAGAUGUUCCUGGAACGGAAGACACUCCCACUGUGGGCAUCUCUGGGGAGCCCGCGGAAUCACCCACAGAAGGCGUCCCGCAGGCCCCUGACUCUUGCCAUUUAAAGAGGCAGAGGUCUCACGACUUUUUGGAGACCCGGUUCAAGAUCCAGCAGCUGCUGGAGCCCCAGCAGUACCUGAUCUUCCUGCCCCACCACAUCCUCGUGAAGAUCUUCGGCUUGCUGCCCACCAGGAGCCUGGUGGCCCUCAAAUGCACUUGCGGGUAUUUCAAAUUCGUCAUUGAGUACUACAACAUCCGGCCGGCGGAUUCCCGCUGGGUGCGCGACCCCCGCUACCGGGAGGACCCUUGCAAGCAGUGCAAGAAGAAGUACGUCAAGGGGGACGUCUCGCUCUGCCGGUGGCACCCCAAGCCAUAUUGCCAAGCUUUGCCGUACGGGCCCGGGUACUGGAUGUGCUGCCACCGGGCCCAGAAGAACGUCCCCGGGUGCAAACUGGGCCUCCACGACAAUCAUUGGGUCCCCGCCUGCCACAGCUUUAACCGCGCGAUUCACAAGAAGCCCAGGGAAACGGAAGAGGAGUGUUAGCCUUGUCCAGCGGCUUCUUUGG